AUGAGGAUAACAGGCACCAUUUUGACACCAAAACUAGCAACACCCAGAGACAUUUCCCUCCUAGUCAUAAAGGAAGGCAGUAGCAGAGCCAGAAAUAAUAUUCAAAUUCUGGAUCCACUAGACCAUAUUGCCUGUCUGACAAAUUAUACUCUUACUACCUGCUUCAGUUCUAAUAAGGUACCUACAAUGCCGGGUUCUCUGCCCACUGGGAGCAAACAAGAGAACAUGCAGAUGCUGGACCGCAUACGAUGGAUGCCUGCAACUCCUGUACCUGCCCCCGAAUGCCGCCAGAAAUAUGCCGUCUCUACUGAAAGAGCUUUUCCAACCCUGAGCACGUUUGUGAACACGGAAAAGAGUGUAAAGGGGUCAAAUGCAGACUUUACAAAAAGAAACCCAAGACGGAGAUUCCUGUUGGGGAUAUACUGCAGGUGGGGUUCAUGACAACAUAGUCCUUUACUUGCCAAGUAAUCUAAAAGCAACUAAUUAGAGAACCUGGAAGGGAUGCCAAUCCCAGUUUUCAAAAUGGCAUUUCAAGGAAAUUAAAUCUUAUCAUGUAAAUAGUCAAGAAAUCCGUUUAAAUAAGAUAUCUGCUUCUCUCUAGGUAAUCUACAAUGUUGUUAGACUAUCAAGCCAGUAGUUUUAAGUAGGUGUUGGAGCUCCAGGAUUAAUCUCUGGUUGAGCCGAGGGAGUCACUUUGUCUAACCAAAUAUAAAUGAGGUGGGAGGUGUA